CUGACGCGAGAUCACACUGAUCUCAGCACCCGAGUCAAGCAAAGCCAGGAUCUCGGAAGUAGCAGCUGGCACCGGAGAGGUGAGUGGUACAAUGGGCAGAUAGAGAAGCGAUCCUGAAGACGCCCCGUGCUCCUGAGAGCCAAGGGAGUGGAGUGCAAUCGGAUGCAAGUGUACCUCGAGAGCGUCACCGUCCAGAGGCACUUCAUCUUCCAGUUCUUCAGCAAAAUGCACCUGAGGACGGCGCUUAGGCGUCUUCGAGCGAGCAGCAAUCUUGUUAGCUGCAACGGACGGAGCAGCCUUGCGGUCGUCGGAAGUCUGAACAGCGCCAAGCAGAGGCGGAGAGGAGGAGUCGGACGACUGCUCACGUUCAGGACUCUGACUGCGGCGGUUGUAACAACGGAUGGCAUUGGUCGAUGUGUUUGGGGACGAGGAGUCUCCCGCACUCCUGGCGUCCUGCCGAGCAGCACGGCGCUCUUUGAAGGCCGAAGCCUUGCCAGAAGGACGACUCUUGCGAUCAUUAGAAUUAGAGGAGCGAUUGCCCACCUGCACGGAAUAGAGCUGCCGGUGGGGAUCUGCUCCCGUCGAAUGUUCUUUGGUUCUGGUCUGAUUGUCGAUCUUGAGCGCGUACUCCCUGAGCUGACGGAAGUCAACAUCAUCCGAACGCUGUAGAGUCACCCACUGAUUCAAGAGUAGAGCAGUCAUAUGCGAUCGGA